UGUCAAAACUGAAAGAGGAUGCUUGAAUCCGGUUUGUCUUGUCCAGAUUUCUCAGGGCUAGAAAGAGUCAUGGCUCUAUGUGGGGGAAAUUAAUCUGCUUUGAGCUCAGGCACCAGUCGGUUCCACGCAGAAAAUUGGCAAGACGUCUAAGGAAUAAGAAUGAAUCUGGAGCAGGAGAAAGAGACAGAUUUUGGGGGUGCGUCUGUGUCCCAGCAGAGAAGGGUCAUCUACUUUGCUAAUGGAGAGACUCUGGAGGAGGACAGCAGUGAUGAAGAGGACAGUGCACCCCACAGAGAGCCCUUCACUGACGCUAAGGACCCAGCUCAGCUUUCAUGGAGGGAAUAUUCAUCGUUUUUGUGGGUGAAAUUCGGAAAGAAGUCAUUACGGACCUGUGAUUUUCUAGGGGAGAAACUGGCAAACCUAGUUGGGCUUAACGCGGCCAAAUACCAGUAUGCGAUUGACGAAUAUCAUCGUGAUAAGAAAGAGGGAUUGAGGCACAGGGGUACUGAUGAAGCCCCUGCAUUGGAGAAGGGGGCAGAGAGACUGCAGCUUUCCUCACAGAAGAACACAGAUUAUGGGACCACGAGUUCGCUACGAGCUGCUGGGCCUAGGGCCUCCCCCCUCCAUACUAAGCACAGAACUGCAGGCUCACAUAAUAAGGGCUACCUGGAAGAUGAACAAUAAACUAUUGUGUUUCCUGGAGCAAAUGACCAAACCCAAGCAGAAGAGAUUACUGCUUUUGUCUUUUUGCCUGGUAAUCAUAAGGACCACAACCUACAAUGCAUCGCUGAACAGCGAAUGCUAUGACCGCAUGAUGUCAUAUCCUGUAAAGUCCAGCCAGAUGUAAAGUUCAGCCAGUUCAGCCAGUAUGCCACAGAUGGGCAUAAAUGCUGGACUUCUGCAAUAUCCAAGUCACUGUACAGAGACUUGAUGCCUUACUGGAUGGAACCAAUUCCCAAGCUAAGUCUACAACUGCAUUGGUUUGAAGUAGCCAUUGGCCUUUUUCUCCUUUGAUUGAUACUGCACAGAUGCAUUGAUCUUCACAGUAUGGGGACUGUCUGACACAGAGCUCUGCAUUCAAUACUGUGCAAUGUUCUUGGUACCAAACAUGAAUCCAUGUGGUUCAAAAUGAAUUGGAGAUUUUGUUUCAGCCAUUAAUUUGCACAUAUAAUUAUCACUUUCAUGCCCUCAUUUGCUGGCUUGUCAAAGUGUUUUUCUUUUCCACACAUGGACAAGAUCAUAACAAUAAAAACUCUGAGCAAGAAAAUGACAAAUUUUAAAAAAGGCUCAUACACUUACUAUAUAUCUCUGAGGUUAAUUUUAAUUUAAUUUUAAGUUGUGUUAAUGCUUUCAAUUUAACCGUGUCUUCAUCAGAAAAUGAUGGAACACACGAUUGUUUGCUGGAGAUGUUGAGGUGCACUUGACAUUACAUAAUUUUUUUGCAUCAUUACAUCUAUUUUUGCAUGCUCGGAAUACCAAAUAAUACCAACAUACCAAUUAACAACUUUCAUGAUACUUUAAUUUACUUAUAUGUGUACCGAUGCUCACCUAAACGGGGUUAUUGAACGCAAACGUGUUAUUGUUCAUAAGUAUAAACCUACCCAGAAAUAAAA